AAGUUUGAAUCAAUUUGUGGCAUAGGAGAGCCCUUUGCCAACCUCCAUCCAUGUUUUAGCAAAUCAUUGUAGGAGGUCCUUUAAAAGAAAACAUGGUAGGGCUAGGAGGACCAGGGUUGAAGUAAAAGCUACCGUUGUCUUCAAUUCUUUCCUUGUGAUGGUAACUUAGCAUGUUCAUAAAUGAUGGAAUCCUUGACCCAGUUGCAGUAUCGCUAUCAAUUGAUUCUCUUCGAUUAAAAAGUUAUUUGUUGUUACUUGUUUCUCUUUUAUUCUGGUAGGUCUGAGGAGUCCUGACAUGCUCCAUGAGGGCCACUGUUUUUCCCUUUAGCUCUUAGGGAUGGCAUUUUUAAUGGGUUUGAAGAAAUGGCAAGAAGUGCAAGGGCAAGGAGGCAUGUGGCUCGUCAGCUCAGACCCGCCCCAUAUCCCAUUCCUUCAUACCGCUGGAAGGCAAUGAAAGAAUCGAACCGAAAGAAAGCUCUGCCUUCUAUGCAGAAGAUGGACUGGGAAGAUGCUAACUGCUCUGUGUGCAUGGAAUACCCACAUAAUGCUGUUCUCCUCCUCUGUUCCUCACAUGAUAAAGGUUGUCGCCCUUACAUGUGUGGAACUAGCUACCGCCACUCAAAUUGUCUUGAUCAGUUCAAGAAGGCCUACACCAAGGGGGCAUUGCUUGAGGAACUUCCUGCUAACACUAUUGGCACGAACUUGGACUCCGCACCAUUGGCUGCAGGUGAAAAACCUGAGUCCGUUGAUCUUGCAUGUCCACUGUGUCGUGGUAAGGUGAAGGGGUGGACUAUUGUAGAACCAGCUCGAAGUUAUCUUAAUGGGAAAAGGAGGACAUGCAUGCAGGAUGGUUGCUCAUUUCUAGGGACCUACAAGGAACUCCGCAAGCAUGUGAAGUCUGAGCACCCUCUUGCAAAACCAAGGGAAGUGGAUCCCAUCCUUGAACAGAAGUGGAGAUUGCUAGAGAUUGAAAGAGAGAGGCAAGAUGCGCUCAGUACGAUAACAUCAACAAUGGGGAGGGCUAUUGUUUUCGGCGAUUAUGUUCUGGACCUGGAGGAUGACGAUGACGAUGAUUUGGAUGACACAGAAAGCAACGACGACGACAAUGCCAACGGACAUGGGACAGCAGAUAACACUAGAAGGAUGUUAUUGUUUCUGAUGCGUCAGGUCGCUCGGCAUCACCACAACCAAAGGCUUCAGAAUGCAAAUGUUUCAUCUGGUAGCGCAGAGGACAGUUAUGCGGUGGGCGGUGUUGCAAAUGGAACCGCACCUUACCCUUACACCUUGGAAGGAGACGAAGAGGAUGGCUUGGUUGUGGCCGGAGGCGGAAGCACAGGUCUGAUGAGUAGACCAGAGAGGCGGCGCCGGCGCCGCCGCAGACACCGCGAGAGGUUGUUCUUAGGUGCUAACUGAGAGUCUGGGACGGCAGGGGCUUUACCACCGGAGUAGUCAAUUGCACAAACCGGUUCCCUGGUGCAUAGCAUUCAUCGAUUUCAACCUCAAUUUACUUGUUCAUGAUCAUGUAUGUACCAAGUAUAGCUGGCUUAACCUGUUAGCUCAUUGUUUCACUUCAAUGUAUGCCAACCUCACAUUCAUUGUUGAAAAGGAAAAUACCGCACCUAUCUUGUGCGGUUUGUGUAGCCUU